AUUUCCUUCUCAUAAAAAGAAAAUCAUAUGAUUUAUUCCACCAUUCCUCGUAAAAAAAAAUCUCAUUAAUUUCAUUCAUAAAACAUAAUUUAAGAUUCAUGAUAUUUACCUUUUUCGCCAGAAAAAAAUGUUAUGUACUCCGACGAUCUGCCGCCAAAUGAUAGUCUGCGUUUGGACACGAAGCCGAUCAUUGCCCACCAGCACCAGCUGUUUCCGUUCCACAUUCAAAUCACUGUGCGUCCAAAACCCCAACUUCUCUAAAACCCUAACCCUAGAAAUGGUGGAUCCGUCCAAACCCAAAAGACCCGUGUGCCCAUCAUGCUCUAGGCCUGGCCGUUUCUGCCUCUGCACUCGAUUCAAGUCUCCGAAACUUGAAAACUCUGUAUCCGUAACCAUUCUGCAACACAGUCUGGAGAAAAAGCACCCUCUCAAUUCUGCUAGAAUUGCAAAAUUAGGGCUUACGAAUGUUUCUGUAGCACCUGUUACUGAUGUUCUUUUUGAAGCCCAGUUCCUCGUUCACCUGCUCAACUCGGAUUCAGAUGUAGGUGGUUGUCAAAACGUUUCAGGAAGUUUAGAAUUUGGUGAACGUAGGGAAAACCCAGAAGUAGAAUCUGGUAUAGAAUCGAAAAAUCAUAUUGUUGCGUUCAGUUUGCAAAGAGAGAAUGCGGGUAAUGAUUUGGAGCACCCAGAAGAGAAAAACGAUGAAUUUGGGGAUAUUAAUGGAGAAUGUCGACUUGGUAAUGAUUGCAAUGGUGAGGGAAAUUCUCGAAAUUGUGGAGCGGAGGCAGGUUUUGUGCAAAGUUUAGAAUCUUCAACGAGUAAUGAUCUAGUUUUGGAGACAGAUGAUCUAACGAGUAUAAAGCAAAGCGCAUGCGCAAAGGCUGCUUGUGGGUUGGAGGUACCUCAGGAUCACACGUUUAGGAACACUGACUUGGACAUAGUCUCAGAUCUUCCUACAGUAAAUGAAGCAGUAUCUAAUUACAAAAUGAAAGUCGGCACUGGGAAUAGGCCUUUGCAGCUAGGUCUAGAUCCAAUUGGGGUAGUUCCAAGAGGCAAUGAAGAGCCUUUCUUCACUUUGAGUAUUGCUAAAUAUGGUGUCAUUAGCUCUCUGACCCAUCAAUGGAUGACAAAAUGCCAAUCUCAAGAACCAGAUUUUAAUCAAAUUUUGAGCUCUUCAGCAGCGGUCGAUGCUUUAGCAGAAGGGUUUGUUGUAAAGAAGUUGCAGAAGAGGCAGUUGAAUAGGAGGACUAUGGAAUUUGAAUGGUAUGAAGAGUUUGAAGUUGCAGUUCCUCCAGGAUCUAUGCUUCUCUUUCCAAGUGAAAAAUCAAUUGGUGUUGAGGAUAUUGAUUUUGAUGUAAAAAACUUGAUUGUUUUGGAUGGGACAUGGGCGAAGGCAAAGAGAAUAUAUAUUGAGAAUCCUUGGUUGAAACUUCUGCCACACUUGAAGUUGGAUUUAGGCAAGAUGAGCAUGUACAGUGAAGUGAGACUUCAGCCAAAGGCUGGAUAUUUGUCCACCAUUGAGAGCAUUGUGUAUGCACUGAAGACGGUAGGGGACAAUACUGAGGGGUUGGAUGAUCUUUUGGAUGUUUUUGAGUCCAUGGUUGUGGACCAGAGGCAAUGCAGAGAGGAAAGUUUGAGCAAAGCCUGUGCUGCAUGAGCACUGCUAUUUGUCUGUCUUUUUUAAGUUCUGUAUUGAUCUCCAGGAUCAUACUUGAUUUCAUGCAUAAUGAUGGCAAUUACAUGAUGGAGUGACAAUUGAGAAUUUUCACAAAAGCAACGGAGCUCAGCCAAAAGGUCAUCCUCGCUACAAGACUCCCCCCUUUGUGAGAGUAGGGGGAGUUCAGCCAAAGAAGAAACAAAAGACCCAGCUGAGCAUUGCUUCAUUGUGUUAAGCAAGGCUAAAUACUCUUGCAGAUCCUGUAAACAGUACAAGUAGAUCCAGUGUAGUUUUUCUUGCAUGAGAAGGUGCACUGUUGAUCACAAAUCCAAACUUACAUGAACAGCAAGCAUUCUUUAAAUUGGGAAAAAAAAUCCAAAAAUUCUUGCUGAAGAACUUUCAUGGUCCUCCAAAAUGAAGGAAAACUUUCUUUAUGCUUUC